CGUGUUUAACCCAAGUUUCUACAGUCUACAUGCUUUGGUCAUCAUGACGUAUCUGCUUUCGUAAUAUUGAGCCUGUUAUUGUUCUAUUAUAUAAACACCAUUCUUGAAUUUGCCUCAAAUUGUGAAAACAAAGAAAACUGAUUAAACAGAGAAGAAAACAAUGAGUUCAGAAGAUUGUCUUGGUUGGGCUGCAAGAGAUGCAUCUGGACAUCUCUCACCAUACAAAUUCAAUCGCAGGGCUGUAGGAGAUGAUGAUGUUCAUGUUAAGAUCACACACUGUGGUGUUUGUUACGCUGAUAUCGUUUGGACAAGGAAUAGAUUUGGUGACUCCAAGUACCCUGUUGUGCCAGGGCAUGAGAUUGCAGGCAUUGUGAGCAAGGUUGGUUCCAAUGUCAAGCGUUUCAAUGUUGGUGAUCAUGUUGGAGUGGGGACUUAUGUCAACUCAUGCCGCGACUGCGAGUACUGCGAAGAUGGACUAGAACAUCAGUGCAGUAAGGGAGCAGUUUUUACUUUUAAUGGGGUUGAUUCUGAUGGUACAAUCACAAAGGGAGGAUACUCCAAUUUCAUAGUAGUCCAUGAAAGGUAUUGUUUCAAGAUACCAAAAAGUUAUCCAUUGGCUUCAGCAGCACCUUUGCUGUGUGCCGGAAUCACUGUUUAUUCGCCGAUGAUUCGCCACAAGAUGAAUGAGCAGCCGGGAAAAUCUCUAGGAGUGAUUGGCCUUGGUGGACUUGGCCACAUGGCUGUUAAAUUUGGAAAGGCUUUUGGUCUGAAUGUAACAGUUUUCAGCACCAGCAUAUCUAAGAAAGAUGAAGCCCUCAAUCUGCUUGGUGCAGAUAACUUUGUAAUUUCAUCUGAUGAAGACCAAAUGAAAGCAUUAACAAAAACACUAGACUUUAUAAUUGAUACAGCAUCUGGUGAUCAUCCUUUUGAUCCUUACAUGGCACUUCUGAAAACACUUGGUAUUCUAGUAGUAGUUGGGGCUGCAAAUGAAAUCAAGUUCAGCCCUGUAAGCCUAUUCUUCGGAUUGAAGACUAUUUCUGGAAGUUCUGUGGGAGGUACAAAAGAUAUACAAGAGAUGAUUGAUUUAUGUGCUGAAAAAAAGAUUUAUCCAAAGAUUGAAGUAAUUCCUAUUGAGUAUGCUAAUGAAGCUAUUGAAAGGGUCAUAAAAAAUGAUGUCAAGUAUCGGUUUGUGAUUGAUAUUGAAAAUUCUUUGAAGUAAAAAUAUACUGUAGAUUAGUGCUAUGUGUUAGUAAUGAAUAAUUUGUUGUUGUGUGGAGUUUGUCCUUCAGUGAGGAUUUCUAGAAUAUAAUCAAUUCAACUGUUCAAGCAAAUUUUGUUUGUAUCUUUUGUAUUUCAUAUUUAAGCUGCGUAUUAAUUUUGUAACAUCAUGGAUAAUUAUAUAAUACUAUUUUGGCUCA